UGGCCGGUGUGUGUGUUCGUGUGUCUGUGUGUAUCUCUUUAGGAGGGCGACUUACUUCCAAUUAUCCUCUCGCACACAACGAUUUUUCCUCCCGUUUUCAGCGUCCGCGGGAGCGGAGACCUCCACGGAUUAGACCAGGACCGUGUGACGGACUUUAUUCGUUUGCGAGUUUCUUUUCUGGGGAAAUGAAUCGUGUCCCUCAGCGAGCUAAGCUAGGUAUCGAGCUCCCGAGCUAAUACUGGAUUUGCGCGAAUUCUCUGCGCACGAAAGUUGCACAGACGAAAGAAUAACUUCUUCCUCCUGGAUAAAUUCACCCGGAAUUAUUUCUAAAGUAUCUUUCAGUCCGAGAGGCUUGAUAAAUAGAAGAUAAAGGCCACCGUUAGUUACCUCAGCGAAGCUAACGCGCUAAUAUGAAGUUAGCCAGCUCUCGCUCUGGUACGCUAGAAAGCGCCCUCCGCGGGGGCGGUUUAUAAAGCUUACAUGAAUUGUGACAGUUUAAAGCUUGUAAAUGUCGGGUUGAUUAGGUCUUUGCUCUUUUGUUUUCAUAGUAAAAGGCUGAUCAGUCUUGGGGAGUGGUGGGUUGAUGAUCUGUCCUGCAUACUUGCAUACCAAACCCACUCACGUUAAUAAUCCUAGUUAUGGUUUAACAUUUGCAUUAGUGCGUUUUGUAUAUAGAAGUCAUUGACAGAAACGCAUGCCUAACGUCUUAUUUUUUUGGGGGAAGUAUAGAUUAGUUAGUCCAACAGAUUAACUACUAGUAUAUUAGAUUUAUUGGCUUGUGUUUUGGUCAGGCCUAUGGUUGUGAAGGGGGAUGAAGAUGAAUUGUGUUGGGAACGAGGUGUAGCUGCUCAAGUUGUGGACUGUCAAAUAAAAAUAAACAAUUUUUGUAUGGAAUUGGGCAGCUGGGUUGGCAUCAUGGGGGUCUCGCAAGGGGGCAUGAAGAAGUCAUCUACAUAGUGUCUAACUACAAUCAUUUUGACGUUAUGUAGUCAGCAGGAGAGCCUUGUCUAGAGUUUUUCAUUAAAAAGAUAAUUAAUUAAAAAGAUUGGAGAAUUGGAGCAAGAAAGUGGCCAGUCUGGAUCAAGAAGCCCUGUCUUUCGUCUCUGGUUGGAGUAGCACUCCCAAGCCAUCCUCAAUGCCUUCAGCGCUGGCCGUGUUCACCUGUCGCCCGAAUUCACACCCGUUUCAGGAACGUCAUGUCUACCUGGAUGAGCCGGUCAAGAUCGGGCGCUCCGUGGCCCGGUGCCGCCCUGCCCAGAACAAUGCCACCUUCGACUGCAAGGUGUUGUCCAGGAACCACGCUCUGGUUUGGUUCGACCACAAGACGGGGAAGUUCUAUCUUCAGGACACCAAAAGCAGCAAUGGCACCUUCAUCAACAGCCAGCGUCUGAGCCGGGGGUCGGAGGAGAGCCCUCCCUGUGAGGUGCUCUCCGGUGACAUCAUUCAGUUUGGGGUGGAUGUGACGGAGAACACCCGGAAAGUCACUCAUGGCUGUAUAGUGUCGAGCAUCAAGCUCUUCUUACCAGAUGGCAUGGAAGCUCGGCGCCGAUCAGAUGUUGUUCCCGCACCCCUGCCGCUGGCUCUUGAUAAGGUGUCCGCAAAUACACCCAGUAUGUAUUCUCAGGAACUGUUUCAGCUGUCCCAGUACCUGCAGGAGGCCUUACACAGAGAGCAGAUGCUGGAGCAGAAGUUGGCCACUUUACAGAGACUGCUGGCCAGCACACAGGAAGCGUCCGAGAGCAGCUGGCAGGCUUUGAUCGAUGAAGACCGGUUGCUCUCUCGAUUGGAGGUGAUGGGGAAUCAGUUGCAAGCAUAUUCAAAAAACCAAACAGAAGACGGUAUCCGAAAGGAGCUUGUAGCUUUAACAGAGGACAAACACAACUAUGAGACGACAGCCAAAGAGUCCCUGAGGCGGGUCCUUCAGGAGAAAAUAGAGGUGGUCAGGAAGCUGUCCGAGGUGGAGAGGAGUUUGAGUAACACAGAGGACGAGUGCACACACUUGAGAGAGAUGAACGAACGCACACAGGAGGAGCUCAGAGAACUCGCCAACAAAUACAACGGAGCCGUCAACGAAAUCAAGGACCUCACCGAAAAGAUCAAGUUGGCAGAGGGCAAACAUGAGGAGCUCACUCAGAAAGGCUUGAAUGAGAAGAAAGAGCUACAGCUGAAGAUCGAAGAGAUGGAGGAGAAAGAGCAAUCGCUUCAAGCUCGUAUCGAAGCUCUGCAGGCGGACAACGACUUCACGAAUGAGCGGCUAACAGCCCUGCAAGUCCGGUUAGAACAGCUGCAGGAGAAAAGCAUAAAGGAAAACAACAGUUUAGACCACUUUCUUUUAAAGAGUGGAGGAGACUGCACUUUAAUUCAACAGUACAUUGAGUGUCAAUCGGUGAGGCAGCUGAAGGACGCAGUGGACUCAUCUAUUAACAAGCUGUCCAACUUUGACGAAGUCAUCGAUGCACAUCUUCAGAAUAACCAGACGGCAGUGGACAACAGCUUGGCCAGUCCAGACAGGCUUAAAGAAAACCAGACAGACGCUAAAGAGUGCGAUAUGUCAGAUACUCUGAGCCCCAGCAAGGAGAAAAGCAGUGACGACACAUCAGACGGACAAAUGGAUGAACAAGAACUGAACGAGCCCCAGAACAGGGUUUCUCUUCUGAAAGAAAUGGACAGGAACCUGGAGUCAGGAGACACAGAGCAGGUCAUUCCUCACCUCCACCGAGAGCUGCAGGAGGCCCAGGAGCUCGCCAACACCGGCAAACAGAGAUGCCUCGAGCUGCAAGCUCUGCUGGAGGAGGAGAGGAGAACCAACAGACAGCAGACUGAAGAAUCUGCGAAACAGAUCCGCUUCUUACAGACUCAACUGGCGAAGCUCCAGUCUGAUAUGGAGGCUUUGCGUGAGCAGAGAGAGAACACUAUCAGCAUCACUCGAGAGGAGCUCUACAGCGCACAGGAGGAGAUCCUGGUUCUCCGGCACGCCAUGGAGACCGCCACCGCCGAGCGGGAACGAGAGAUCGCCACCCUGCAGGGAGACCUGAGCAGCGUCACUGCCGAACUGGACAAAUGGAGACAGACGGCAGCCAAGUAUGAAGUGGAGAUCAGCAACCUGCAGGCCAGCUUCCAGCUCCAGAGCCAGCACCAGGAAAGAGCUAGUCAACUCCAAGGUGAAUUGGAGAAGCUUCAGGGCGAGUGCUGUAGUCUGCAGAAUGAAUGUGACGGUCUGCGGGCUGAGAAGACAACACUGAAGCAGAAACUCCACAGACUAGAGGAAGAGCUCGACAGCUCCAGAGAGCAGAGCGCGACGUUGAGCAGCAGCCUAAACGCUCUGGAGAAAUCCCAGGGUGCCCUGGAGAACAAACUGGGCUCGAUACAAGACCAGCACCAACAGGACGCUAGCAAACUGAAGAUCCAGCUAGCUCAAGCCGAAAGCCGCACCAGGGACCUGCAGAAAGAGUACGACGACACUCAGAAUCUGCUCUCAGAUCUGCGGCAGCGCUAUGAGCAGACGGAGCGGGAGAAACACUCAAUCCACGACGAGCUGGAGCAGUGCAAGGUCAACCUCAAACUCCUGCAGGAGAAAAACAGCAGUAGCGGUUGGAUGCCCUGGAUGCCGAUGGUUGCCGCAGUGGUCGCUGUGACAGCAGUGGUGCUUUAUCCCAACUUGACCAAGAGCUCAUCCUGAGAACCAAUCAGAACACUCGUCGUCUCAACCACUUCCUGUCCCCAGCACGGCCCUCUGUCCAAUCCCAACGUUCGGUCUAAACCUGAACCUAAUACCUCUCACUUUGACAACACAACCCCCGAUGUCUGUGUAAAAUGCAAAUGUAUAUAGUAUAAAAAGAAAGAGGGAAUAAAGUUGUAAUGCAUAUUAUAGAAUAAAUAAUCUAUCAGCGUUUUUGUCACUCGAAUGGAAAUUUUGAUGAUUAAAAAUGGCGUCAAACUAGGUCUAUUUUCACGUUUUCUUGAAUGGGUACCAUGCAAGUUUUGGUUUCGUGGCCUCUUCUUGUGGUUUGCCAUCUAAGUUGUGGUAAUCCAUCUAGAUGUGCAUCCAAAUGAGGAUCUGAACUCUAGGGCACUGAGCGGAGAAGUGCCUACUUUAAAUACUACUAGGACUAGUUCACAUUAAAGUGCCACUCAUGCAGCGUCUCAUCGAUUCGAAUGAAAAAAAAAAGUUUUAAUUGCACGUCAUCUGUGCUGUUAUUGUGUGUUCGAGCCGACAUGCUUCUAGCACAGUGAUGUCGUCGUUUCUCUUGUACCUUGUGUUAUAUAAAAGCAAAUGUUCAUGUCUGGAGACACUACAAGUAUCUAGGUGAUCUUACAAUUCAACGUUAGGAUUGUGGUCAGUGUCAAACAGAUGGAGAGCUGACCUAAAAAACAAUUGUUGUAGCUUUUUACCAACAUACUGUCCUGCUGUUCGGACUGAGAUGUCGUUAAAACUCCUGCAGUACCUCUUGAUAAAGGCUCUGGGAUUUUGCUGCCUUACCUGUAACACACAGGUUUCUUCUCACAGAGUGAAAUUGGAUGCAAAGGCUUUAAAAUGAAUGGGGUUAAUGGGUGAUCCGCUCUCGUGAAGCACAGAAAUGGGUGAGAGUGAGUUAUUCUGAGGGUGAACGGGAAUGUGUUGUUUAAAUGUGGAUGUGCCAGCUGCUUUGAGACUGCAGGAAGAUGAAUUAACCAAUGAUGUGUUUAGUGUGUGGUUCACAUUUGUCUGCUGUGCUGUAAAUAAACAGUCGUGGAGCAAAAAGCAGAGCUCAUCUGGUUCAACGUUUCCAGGACUUUGUUUUUGCAUCUUUUGUUUCACUGGAAAUUCAUACUGCAACAAAAAUCCAUUGAACACUUCAACAUGGAUUUGACUAUGAAUGCAAAAAAGCAAUGCUUGUAGCACAGAAAGGAUAGCUUUAAACAGAUCUCUUGCAAUGAAAGUAGUGUUUUUUUUUGAUGUUGUUCUUUAAAAAGCAUGAUGGACUUUAUUUCUAAAGUCAGCGUGGAACAUCGUCCUUCACGUCAGAAGAAUGCUCACAGGCCGUUUGUAAAUAUGUAUGUAUGAAUGUUUGUGUGUAAAUAUGUUAGUCACAGAAUAAACAUUGGAUAUAAAUGAUAUCAGUCACAUCUAAUCUGCUGCUCAAGCCAGUUUUUAGGAUAUGAUGCGUUGGCCUUUUCUUAUCCUUUUACUUGGGACACCAGUUCUUCGUUCAAGUUCGAUUAAGAUUAGUUUUAUAGAUGCAUUUGUAUCUCUAAUUUGCCGUUUUUGACCAAGCGCUUUUCUUUUUAAUUGCAAAUUGAAGUUUUGGAACUCGUUGAUGACGACAAACAGAACUGAGGAAAAGAUGCUAACGGUGAUGUAAAGUUAAACAGGUCGUAGCUGAACCUAUAAAACCUGGUUUUUGUAAGCAUAAAGUUUCUAUUUGUGAUUCUCUGUCAGUUCAUAGUGGUGCAAUAAAGUUUCUCACAAGUUAAACAUGAGCCUUUGGGCAAAGAUCUCUUUAAACUGCUCGCCAACCAAGUCAGUACAGUACAGCACACUGCCUGUAUAUAUUUCUAUUCAUAAAUACUGAGUUUUUUUUUUUCUUGAACCGAGAGAGCUUGGAAUUACACUUUUGUUUCAAACAUCAAAGAUCGUUAAUUGUCCAAAUUCUAUUUUGUAAAGACACAGAAUGAUAUAACACAGUUUCUGGAAUACAGAAAGGGUAUCUGCACUAACAAGUGUGAUGUGCAUGACUUCAAUAAAACAACUUCACUUUA